UGUGACCGUAUUACCCCGCCUGUGGGCUGAGACCAAUGGUUCUUACUAUUUAGGAACUACACUGAAGUCUGUCUGAGUCUCAGAUUUCAUUAGCGAGUAUUCAAGCAGCUACAGGAGUUUGCGAAUAUUUUAUUUUCUCAGUUUAUGUUAUACGGAGCGCGAGAGGAAGGUGAGAUCACAAGCGCCCAAAGUUUACGCGGAAAAGACAUGAACAUUUUGUCAUUCCAAUGCGUUUCGUGGCUCGUAUUAAGCUUCAUUGGUCUGUUCGUCGCUGCUCUGGAGAAAGAAAUCUUCCCGAACGAACUCUUUGAUAAUUUUCUGGAGGAUCUACGAGACCUGUCAGAUGUCAACAAAGCCAGCGUCAAGUUUUCUCUGAGAAACCCAUCCCAACCAGAUGACGACGUGUGUUACAUUGUGCGUGGCAAACCAGAGUCUCUCAGCAGCUGCAACUUCAAAAACACUUCAAAAACCUUUUUGGUCAUUCAUGGGUGGACGGUAAGUGGAUUGUUUGAGAGUUGGGUUGAGAAACUGGUUGCUGCACUUUAUAACAGGGAGAAGGAUGCUAACGUCAUUGUUGUGGACUGGUUGGACACGGCGCAGAACCAUUAUGUGGUGGCAGCACAAAACACGAAGAUGGUGGGACAAGAGAUCGGACUUUUCAUAGACUGGUUAGAGGAGACUGCCAGUGUUCCUCUGGAUAAGUUGCAUCUCAUUGGCUACAGUCUUGGUGCCCACGUUGCAGGUUUUGCUGGAAGUCAUGCAACCAAUAAAGUUGGACGAAUCACAGGUCUAGACCCAGCUGGACCAGACUUUGAAGGGGUCCACGCCCACGGACGGCUGUCCCCAGAUGAUGCCCAUUUUGUAGAUGUCCUCCACACAUUCACCCGAGGUUCCCUGGGUCUCAGUAUCGGUAUCAAGCAGCCAGUUGGCCAUGUGGAUAUAUACCCUAAUGGAGGAAACUUCCAGCCUGGCUGCAACAUGAGAGGAACGCUGGAGAAAAUAGCCAGUUAUGGAAUGCUUGCCUUAAAUAAUGCCAUCAGAUGCGAGCAUGAGCGGUCCGUCCACCUGUUCAUCGACUCCCUGCUGAAUGAAGAAGAAGCUGGCCGAGCGUACAGCUGCGGGAGCAAUGACAUGUUCGACCGCGGCAUGUGCCUCCAGUGUCGCAAGAACCGCUGCAACACCGUGGGCUACAAUGUCAGCAAAGUUCGUAAGGCAAGAAGCCUCAAGAUGUUCACCAAGACACGAGGCUCCAUGCCGUUCAGAGUUUUCCACUAUCAGCUGAAAAUCAACUUCCUUGGAAAAAUAAAUCAAUUAGUGAUGGAGCCAGAACUGACGGUCUCACUUUACGGUACCAAUGGCGAAGCAGAAGAUCUCAAGUUGAACAUACAGGAGAAGAUCACCCCCAAUAGAACUCACUCAUUCCUCAUGGUAACCGAGAAGGACAUUGGAGAUCUUCUGAUGCUGAAGUUUAAAUUGGAGGAGUCCACAUCCUCUUUACUCACUCUGCUCUCCUCGUGGUGGUAUGGAGAUUCUGUAAAUUCUGGCGUUCAGGUCCAUAAAAUCAGAGUCAGAGCCGGGGAGACACAAAAGAAGAUUGUGUUGUGUUUGAAAGAUCCCCAGACAGGAAGUACAACUCAGGAUGUUGUAUUUGUGAAAUGCAAGGAGCCAUGGAAGUCUUUAUCUAGAAGGCCCAAACUGAAAAGCCAAUGAAAGGAUUUACAAGCGAUUCUGAUAAAGCACUUCAACAAAUGUAUUUAUACAGCUGUUAUUUAUUAAAACUACAACUGCACUGACUGUACUGUAUUGGAUAUAUGACGUGUUGCUAUGAAUGUGAUUCAAGCAAAUGGAUUGUGGACUUUUGUACUAGGGUAAGCCAUAGGCUUGAAAAGCCUUGAAAUGUGAUUGAUUUUAUUAUAUUAUGUGUUGGAAAUUGCAUUUGUAAUGAUGAUGUGUCUGGCUAACAGCUAACUUUGUUCAAGCAUCGUCUUACAUUAUCUGUUUUGUCUUAAAAAAUAAUUAAAUAAUUUAAGCAUUUUGUACAAAAUUAUACUCCACACGUUUUACAUUAUUGGUCCAGUCACAUUUAGCUUACCAUUGUUUUGGCAAAUUUUCGUGUGCAAAUGCUAUAGCUUUUUCAAAAAACAAAAAUAUCAUCCCUACUGAAAAAAACUAAAACAACAGAAACCGUCACAGAAAUUCGAAUGGUUUCCACUACAAAUGCCAUUAAAAACCAUCAACUAUUAACCAAUAAAACUAUAUAAAAAAAAAUGGUUUCCUGUAAUGCGUUUUGGGACAUAUUCCAUUAGAGUUUUUUUAACAAGCCACCAAUAAAAGGUGACAAAUUACCAUUAGAGACCCACAGGGACCAUUAGAGUUUUCAUUAAAACCAAUUCAAUUCCCAUUAUAACCAGUAAAACCAUUACAAAUUCUGUGAUGGUUUCUAUUGUUUUUUUCAGCAGGGAUUACUAAAAAAAAAAAAAGCAAAAGGAACAAUUAACAUCAAGAAAGCACCUGUUAGAGGCCAAAUAAAUCAUAACUACAGUUAUGUUUACUACAGUUAAGUUAAUAAUCUAGUUUGUGUUAAAUGUUUUAUAAUUGGUACAAGUAUCUUUUGCACUUUAAAUAGUUAAUUGACUUACCUAAGCAGGAAAAAUACUGCAUAAAAUAUACUGUAACUGACAUUUAAUCUACUUAGUCUACUGCAUCGUACAAACUGCUACAACAUUUUAUACACUUUUGAAAAAUAAUGUGAUGUAUAUCAAUUGAAUGAACUGUACAUAACUGUAAAAAAAAAAAAACGUUAAUAAAUUAUAUCUUUGAGCUAAA